AUGGCAUCACUCUUUAAGCCACCUGAAACAACAAGACAGAACCCCAAGACACCAAAGUUGAAAUUACCAUCAGUACAACAACAAGGGACAAGCCCGGGAUACCGACCUCCAUCAAAUAAGAAUUCAAAUAUAUAUAAUGUAAACAGAAUAAAUGGCCAAACAAGUGGGAACAUGGCAACACCGCUCUCGUUGAACAUUCGCAACACAAACACAACCUUACCACCACUCCCCAAGAUGAAUAUGAAUGUAACAUCUAUGGGAGAACCAAUAUCAGAUAGAUCCCGUUCUGAUUCCGUAACGUCAUCAUCAUCAAAGACGCCCACAUCAUCCGGAUCCAGUAGAAGACGACCUGUACCUCCUCCAAUCCAAGGAAUUACUAUGACAGAUAUUAGCCCUGCUUCAAGAACAAGACCACCUCCUUCCAUGAGCCCAGUGGAUAUACAGAAUUCUUUAAAAACAUUAAGCAUUAAUACAGAGAAACCGAACCCCGUUGAUAGACAAUCUACUGAACCCGACCACGAUACACCUUGUUCGCAAGAUUCUUAUAUUUCAAAUCUUCUCUCCAAUUAUGAGGAGUCUGCAAGUUCUACAACUUCACCUUCAGUAAAUAUGAACAACGGUCCAUACCCAGAUUCCAUGACAAGCACCUCAUCCUCAUCAGGGCGUACGAUAUCAGAGCAAGCUAUACCUCCUAAACUCGAUGUUACUGAUCUUGGAGAGAACCUAUGGCAUUUCAAACAUUUGAAGGAGGAGAUAGUUACGCUUGGUGUCCUUGGUGAAGGUGCUGGUGGCUCCGUAGCAAAAUGUAAACUGAAGCGUGGAUCAACAAUAUUUGCAUUAAAGACCAUCAAUGUCUUGAACACGGAUCCGGAGUUCCAGAAACAAAUAUUCAGGGAAUUACAAUUCAACAAAAGUUUUAAAUCUGACUACAUUGUUAGGUAUUAUGGUAUGUUUACAGAUGAAGAGAAUUCAUCUAUAUACAUUGCCAUGGAGUAUAUGGGUGGCCGAUCACUAGAGGCCGUAUACAAGAAUUUAAUGAAGAGAGGUGGAAGAAUAAGUGAAAAAGUGCUAGGAAAAGUGGCAGAAUCUGUAUUACGUGGAUUAUCAUAUCUACAUGAAAAGAAGAUCAUUCAUAGAGAUAUCAAACCCCAGAAUAUAUUAUUAAGUGACAGCGGCGAAGUCAAAUUAUGUGAUUUUGGUGUCAGUGGUGAAGCUGUCAACUCCCUUGCAACCACCUUCACCGGUACUUCUUUCUACAUGGCACCUGAGAGGAUCCAGGGUCAACCAUAUAGUGUUACAUGUGAUGUAUGGUCAUUGGGGCUAACUAUCCUGGAGGUAGCCCAAGGUCAUUUCCCCUUUGGUUCUGAUAAAAUCACUGCUAAUAUUGCACCAAUUGAAUUGUUGAUGCUAAUCAUUACAUUCGAACCACAGUUGAAAGAUGAAGAAGAAAAUAAUAUCAAGUGGAGUGGAUCUUUCAAGUCAUUUAUCGCCUACUGUCUGAAAAAGGACCCUGCUGAGAGACCAUCUCCUAGACAGAUGCUACAACAUCCAUGGAUUCAAGGCCAAAUGAAGAAACGAGUCAAUAUGGAAAAAUUCAUACAUAGAUGUUGGGAGGAAUAA